AUGAAAUUCUUCGCCGUGUUCGCCGCUGUACUGGCCCUGGCUGCAGGUGCCCCAUGGUCAUGGACCUUGGAAGAACUCUCUUCCGCCCUUCAGAACCCAGAGACGAACCCUGAAUACUUACCUUACCUUGAACAUGCUCUCAAUCAGAUCAUGGAAAACAUCUACGCCGGCAAUCCAGUGACACCCGUAGCCGUUGUUAUGCCUACCACGACCACUUGGACCCUUGAGGAACUGUCGGCUGCCCUUGAAGACCCCACCACCAAUCCAGCUCUGGUACCUUACCUCGAGAGCGCUCUUAACGAAAUAAUGCAUGCCCUACACAGCGGACAACAAAUCUCGAGCAUCCCUGUCGUGAUUCCUGUCGGUCUUACGCCAGUGCAAGUUGAGGCACCCGUCGGUCCUGCGCCUGCGCCCGUUUCUCCUGUCAUUCCCACUCCCGUCGUUCCCACCCCCGUCAUUCCCACUCCCGUAGUUCCCACUCCUGUCCUCCCAGUCGCCCCUGAAUCCCCGGCCGCACCAGCGCCCUCAAGCCCGCUCGUCCAGAUCAUCGUCAACAUCAAACAGCAGCAACAGAUUGGCUCCAAGCCCGUGUUGAAUGAAAUCGAACCCACCCCCGUUACUGUUGUGGAGGAGGCCGAGAACAUCGACGUUAACCCAGUCGACGUCAUCGCUAUCCAGCCCCCCCAAAUUAACCCAGUCGACGUCAUCGCUGUCCUACCUCCCCAGGUCAACCCAAUCGACGCUAUCGCUCCUCUACCCGUUGAAAUGCCAAUGCAU